UGCGGCUCCUGUGCAACUUCACGCUCCAACUCACCUUGAAACAGGGCUCGCCUGGCCCUGUCUGCGGAGCGACGGACGACAAGACCAAUCCACGCCCAUAUUCCUCCCACUACAGCCAAUAGAAAGGCAGCGGAGGCGGGCGCAGAAGCUAAAAACGUCAUGCUUGGUUUCACCUUGCCCCUCGCCAGCUCGCUCCGUCUGCUUUCGUCUCACUGGUGCAGGUGCUCCGUCUCAACGAGAGAGGAUGCAAAAGGCGUGAAGGGGAGGGAAGGAAUGAGGGGAAGCGUUGAAGAAAAAGUGUGCAGGGCAUGAAUAAAAGGGUAUCAGCAGCAGACUGAGCGUUCACCGUCCGGGGGGCUCGGCUAUGAAAGAUUUAUUGAAAGGGGCACUUUGAGAUAUGAUGAGGUUUCCUUCUGGUUGGCAAUAGUACUAUGAUUUGGUAUGUGGCCACUUUGAUAGCAAGUGUAUUCAGCACCCGAGGAACGGCUGCUCAAGGUGCCCACGGAGUGCGAGAGGAGCCCCAGUUUGUGACAGCGCGCGCUGGAGAGAGCGUCAUCCUGAACUGUGACGUGGCCCAUCCCCUGAACGGCCAGCCCUAUGUGGUAGAGUGGUUCAAGUUUGGAGUUCCCAUCCCAUUCUUCAUCAACUUUCGCUUCUACCCCCCACAUGUGGAUCCUGAGUAUGCCGGUCGGGCCAGCCUGCAUGGCAAGUCCUCGUUGCGGAUUGAGCAGGUGCGCUCGGACGACCAGGGCUGGUACGAGUGCAAGGUCCUGAUGCUGGAGCAGCAGUACGACACCUUCCACAACGGCAGCUGGGUGCACCUCACAGUAAACGCUCCGCCCACUUUCACAGACACGCCCCCGCAAUAUGUGGAGGCCAAGGAAGGGGGCAGCAUCACCCUAACCUGCACUGCCUUCGGGAACCCCAAGCCUGUGGUCAGCUGGCUGAGAGAGGGCGAGCUCCUCGCUGAGAGUAGGAAAUACAAGGUGAGCGAUGGGAGCCUGACGGUGCUGUCGGUCAACCGGGAGGACCGAGGAGCCUACACGUGCCGGGCUUACAGUGUGCAGGGAGAGGCCGUCCACACCACACGUCUGCUUGUCCAAGGGCCACCAUUUAUUGUAUCCCCACCAGAAAACAUAACAGUCAACAUAUCCCAGGAUGCAUUCUUCACCUGCCAAGCAGAAGCGUAUCCAGGCAACCUGACCUACACCUGGUUUUGGGAGAAAGAUAACGUCUUCUUCAAGAAUGAUCUGAAGCGCAGGUGGAUUCUGAUCGACGGCUCCCUCAUCAUCUCCCAAGUGAAACCGGAGGAUGCUGGGAAAUACACCUGCAGUCCCAGCAACAGCCUUGGCCGCCCGCCCUCUGCGUCUGCGCACCUGACGGUGCAGUACCCUGCCCGAGUUGUGAACAUGCCAUCGGUCAUCUACGUUGCGAUUGGACUGCCAGGAUACAUCCGCUGCCCGGUGGACGCCAACCCACCCGUGACGUCGGUCAAGUGGAAGAAAGAUGGGCUUCCUCUGAGGGUGGAGAAGUACCCCGGCUGGAGCCAAAUGGACGAUGGGAGCAUUCGCGUGGCGGAGGUGACAGAGGAUUCUCUCGGCACCUACACCUGUGUGCCUUACAACGUCCUGGGUACCAUGGGACAGUCCCCCCCAGCCCCCCUGGUGCUAAAGGACCCCCCCAAAUUCUCGGUGGUCCCUGGAGGGGAAUAUAGGCAGGAGGCUGGGAGAGAGCUGGUCAUCCCAUGUGAGGCUGAGGGAGACCCCUUUCCAAAUAUCACAUGGAGGAAGGUAGGGAAGCCCAGCCGGAGCAAGCACAACGUCCUACCGAGAGGCAGCUUACAGUUCAAAUCCCUCAGCAAGGAGGACCACGGGGAGUGGGAGUGUGUCGCCACCAACGUCGCCACGAGCAUCACUGCCAGCACGCACCUCCUAGUGAUCGGCACAAGUCCUCACGCCCCAGCCAACGUCCAUGUCUCAGCCUCGACGACCUCAGCCAACGUCUCCUGGGAACCCGGAUAUGAUGGCGGAUACGAGCAGACAUUCUCAGUCUGGGUGAAGAGAGCACAGCUAGGGCCACACGAUUGGCUCUCGGUGCCCGUGCCUGUCGCUCAGACCUGGCUGCUGGUGCAGGGCCUGGAACCCGAGACGGCGUACCAGUUCAGCGUCCUGGCGCAGAACAAGCUGGGGACAGGUCCCUUCAGCGAGGUCGUCACUGUGAACACGUUAGUAUUUCCUAUAAGUACCCCUGAACCACUGGUGCUGCUAACCCCACCAAGGUGCCUCACAGCCAAUCGGACACAACAGGGAGUCCUAUUGACAUGGAUCCCUCCAGCCAACCAUACGUCGCCAAUCGAUCGGUAUGUCAUGGAGUUCCGCCUGGGAGAGAGGUGGGACAUCCUGGACAGUGAGAUCCCACCUGGAGAAACAGAACUUCUGGCAAGAGACCUUGUCCAGGAUUCGUGGUACGAGUUCAGGGUGAUGGCCGUUAUGGAGGACGUCAUCAGCGAGCCCAGUAACGUUGUGGGAGUGUCGAGUACCGACUUCUUCCCUCCCCCAGAGAUGGCAGACGAGGGCCUGGCUCGGCCCGUGGUGGCCGGCAUCGUGGCCACCAUCUGCUUCCUAGCGGCAGCCAUCUUGUUCAGCACACUCGCGGCCUGUUUCGUCAACAAGCAGCGACGCCGCAAGCUGAAGAGACGGCGAGAUCCCCCACUUUCGAUAACGCACUGCAGAAAAAGCGUCGAGACGCCGUCCUCCUCUGGCAAACUAAGUCCCGAGAGUAUUCGAUCCUUGGGACCCCCCUCCGAAUCCUCCGAGGAAGGCCGUGGCCUGCAUGUGAAGAAAGCGCUGCCAAGUCCCGCCAAGGAGAAGGAACUGUCCCUCUACAAGAAGACCAAGAGAGCAAUAACCAGCAAGAAGUACAGCGUCUCCAAGCACGAGGCAGAGGCCACCACCCCCAUCGAACUGAUCAGUCGUGGCCCAGAUGGCCGCUUUGUAAUGGAACCCUCUGAGAUGGAGGCCUCUGUCAAGCCCAGACGCAUCGAGGGUUUCCCCUUUGUGGAGGAGUCUGACUUGUACCCAGAAUUUCGACAGUCAGACGAGGAAAACGAUGACCCUGGGCCCAUGCCCCCAGUUAUGGCUACACUCAGACCCCACCAGAUCUCCCCCAUGUCCUCCAGCCAGGAGUCAUACAUGCAGCCCCCAGCCUACAGUCCCCGGUUCCAGAGGCCCAUGGAAGGUAUGACUAUCAUGGAGAGCAGCCGGCUUCAGGCCACAGGGCAGAUCAGAGCUGCCCAUCAUCACCGAAUCUUUCCGCAUGGCCCAUACUAUGGCUACCUUGGAAGCCCUGGCGAGUCUGAGUCCCUGCCUCCCUUCUACAUGCCCGACACCAGCCCACUUAGCUCAGUCAUGUCCUCACCCCCUUACCUACCCGAGGGCCCCUUUGGCCAUCCCACCAUACCAGAGGAGAUGGGGGAGGGCGAGAUCCAACAUUACGCCGCCUCUGGCAGCACCCUCCCGUUGACCCAUACCCCAUCCACUCGCUCCCCGGAGAUCUGGCAGCAGCCAGAUUUCCCUUUCGCGAGCCUGGAGGACCCGCGCUUCAUCUUCCCACCCCAUCACCCCUUGCAUCUUCACCGGGAACUUCCCCUGCCUCCUCCUCCUCAUGUUCUUCCUCCCAGUAGUCUGCAGCCCUCUGCCCUUCAGGUUCCCCCGUACCCCGGUGUCCUGCAGCUGGAGACUCCAAAGAGCCGCCCAGGCAAGUCUCCCAGCAAGGUCAAGCCUCAGGGCCCUCCAGCCAAGCAUUUACCUAUGCAAGAGGCACAGAGUCUAGGGCAGCUACAGCUAAGACAUACAAGCCACGGUUUGGGUGUACCAGUAUUGCCUUACCCUGACCCGGCAGCCCACAUGGGCGGCCCAAGCACAUUCGGAGGCCUGGACACCCGGUGGUAUGAGCCUGGGCCUCAGCUCAGCCCCAGGAUGACUCGCAGAAUGGAGCCGAGUACACAUCAGGUGGUCCUCCAGCCAUCCCGACUCUCCCCUCUGACUCAGAGUCCUCUGAGCUCACAGGACGGUUCCCCAGAGAUUGUAGUGCGACCCCGGCCCCGUCCAAGCAUCAUCCAGCCCCCCAUACCUCCCGAGAUGUCGGAGAUCACCCUGCAGCCCCCCUCCGCAGCCAGCUUCUCCCAGAGGUCCUCUCCCUCCUCCUCACCCGCCCAGGGCCAGAGUAGCAGGCGGGCAAGCCCGAGCUACCGCUCCCACAUGGCCUUCGCCUCCACUGCAACAAGCUAUCCGUCCCAGUCCCCAUCACCCCCCAUGGAAAGCAGCGACGUUUUUGGGCAGAUGCCAUCCCAGAGGAGGACAGACGAGGAGAUCCUUCCAUCUGAACCCUCUCCACCUCAGUUGUCAGCUUCAGGAAAACGUCAAGGUGCAUCGAGUGCCCCUGCAGGGUCUGAGAGGUUGGAAGCACUGAGAUUCUACCGUGCUAAAAAAGGGAAGAAGGUGACCAUCAACAACAACAACUCCAAGUUCAGAAAGAAGGCAGGUGUGUCCACUUCCCAGACCCAGCAGCUCCGUGACUCUCAGGUACUCCAGCCCGAAGAAGCUCUCUACCUCCGCAAAAAGAAGAAAAGGCAGGACCCGUACGCUCGCUUCUCCGCUCUGCUGUACCGCCGACCGCCCCGGGAGGACCAGAAAGCCAUCCUGGCCAGCAUGGAUACAGCAGACCCAGACCACGCCACACUACUCUGAGGUCACCAAGCCAAGGCCACGCCCCCCCUCCCAAAGCCACCAAUCAUACGAGACAGCUCUCUCCCCAUGAACACCAAUCACAUCUGCUCUUCAGCUCAGCAGCUGUCGUCGACUCAAUGGUCUAACUUUUAUUUCAUUUCGAUGUUUUCUUUUGUAUUUCUUUUGUUUUUUUGGCACUUGAGAGGACAUUAGAAAUAGCUUCCAAAGUUUUACUCCAGUGCAAAUCACAACACAGGGAAAAAAACGAAUUUGCGCAUGACUGCACAAAGCUUAAAUGUUAACUAACCUAAUGCCUGGGAAAGGGUUUGUCAGAACAGAACAGUACUAACUCUGCUUUAGAAGCUAGAUAAAGGUUCAUCCUUCGACACUCAUUCUACAGUAUUACCACAAUAUGUCGAUAAACUUAGUUCAGUGUUCCUGGAACACCAACACAGGAGUUUUAUUUAUUCAUUUAUUUUGGCGCGGUCCUGGUUUACAGCAGUCUCACUCUUGCGUCACAUUCCUUCACCCACUUUGCCCUGCCAAACCUCCCUACCACGGGGGACAUUUUCAGUGCAACACAGGGUUAUCUCUUUUGGAAAUAUAUACCUCAGGUCAUUUCGCAGUUUACCACACGGACUGAGCCUGUUUAUUUCUUUCGAUAAUGCUUUUGUUCUAUCCGGUUGUAAGCGAGCUUCAGCUACAGUGCUGUAGAUGGCGGCUGUACGCUGUUCAUACUUGUUUACUGAGUUUUCAUCCUGCGAGGGAGCACCUGGGACCUGUAAGGAAAUAAGCGACCAUAAGUUUAAGGACAGAUGGUUUAGCAUGGUUAAGAUCUCUUUGAUACUUUUGAGGGCUUCGGUAAUGGUAUCUUUAGUUGAGUGUCUGCAGCAAUCUUGUUUAAUUAUCGACACCACUGUGGAAUCCAGUAUUUUCACUGACUAAGUAGGCCGUUUAAAAUGCAAAGCACAAUGAGAGGUGUUUCUAUAUCAGAUCACGCAGGGAGGUGAGAAAAUAUCAGUUGUUUAUUUCAAACAUUAGUCGCCGAGCUUUGGGCCUGUUUGCCUGUUUGUUUUCCUGUCAGGUCUGAUAGCCCUUGCUGGCUUGUUUGCACUGGAGCAAAAUCUUGGCUUUCGCUACUCAAACACAUUCACCUCGUCUCUGAACACACUCAACCUGUGUCGUUAGUAUAGAGGGCUCCUGACCCUAUCCAAAAAAAGUACUAUAGUAAUGCCAAAAAUACUACCGCUUCCUUAAUCAAUAAAACAACAAAAGUACUGUACUGUGAGGAGGAUAGGAUUUUGUGCCAUACUGUACUAUAGUAUUUUUUUAAUUGCUUUGGGAGGGCCGGUGUAAACUUAUAUGGCUUCCUUGGGCCUUGGUAGGGCUCUGUUGCCUGAUCUAUUUUCGUUUAUUGUGUUGUACUUGUUGGAAAACUCAAAUUUAACUGCCUUUGGUGACCAGUUUUGUAGCUUUGACAUCCUGUUUUUGUACGUUCUUAUUUUAAUUAGGUUAGAUUUCUUUUUUUAAAAUGUGGAGUUGUCUGGUUGCAGCCUGCAGGAAGGUGUAAAAUCUCCUGUACGUUAAUAAUAAUAACAAUAAUUCCCAUGUUUGGUGACCAGCAGGAGCAGCUGUUUCACGAUUUGGCAGGGCUGCAAAUCAAAGUCUGCAUUUGUGCGUGUGUGUUUUUAUUUUUAACAUCCAAGGGUGCUUAUUUUGUAUAAAUCCAUAUGUAUUUCCCAGUCAGAUCAGACAUAUCUGGACUGGGUGAGACUAAGAUGCAUGUGUUCCGUCUUGGUGCACACUCUGGUGUGCCCUGGAUCCAUCUUGCUAGUCGAUUUGAGCUCUGGAGUUCUGGGGAGAGAAUUGUGGACUAAACUCACACCACUGGCCUCAGCAUGGACUUGUUAAUGCCUGCAUCACUAAAGAACGAGGACAGGUCCUAUACUUUACUUAGGUUCCUCUCAUAGGGCAGUUAACUUUUAAACUGUUAACUUUCAUAUGCUGAUCAGGAAAAAGGAGACAACUUCUGCUAGAGGGAGCUAAUUUCAGGACCCAUGACGCAAUUUAGUGCCAUCAAACAGCUGGUGCGACUGAUAAAAAGUUGGGAGUGUUUGCCAUUGUGAUUUAAGAUCGGCUUUUUCUGUACUGUGCUGAUUUUCCAUGGACUUCCCUCUGUCUGCCAUUUGGAUAAAUUCAGUGUUUCAUUCACUAUGAUUAUAAUUCUUAAGAUAUUUGUUAUAUUAUGACUUUAUAAAUAUGGGGAAAAUGGCUUCUAUCCUGUUUUAGGCUUUGACCUAUAUAAAGACAAAAAAAGCUUACCGUUAGUCAAUGCCAAGGCAAAUUUAUCUUAUUAAAUGGGUAAUAGGAGUGCUGAAUGUUGUUUUUGUUUUGUUUUUCUCAAGAUUUCACACAGCCCAGUAACACUGGAUCGCCUGAGUGGCUAGAAAACCUACAUUACCAAAGGGUAUGGCAUUUCGUGGUGAUUAUCACAGAUUUCACCUUUAGCCCAGCAUCACAUUCCAAGAAGUAGAUAAACCCACCUUACUCCAUCUGACAUUAGGGUUGGCGGUUCCUGGGAUGAGUCAGUAGUCUGUAGAUCAGUGUUUGUGCAAGGCUGGGCGUAAAACCUUGGUGAGUAGUUUUGGUCAAAACAGCCAAUCAGCCGUGCUCUUUUGUGAUGUGAGAAAUAGCCGUGGUAAGUGUCAUUGGGGUCACAUUUGACAGCCGUACAAAUCGUGUAGUUGAAAUAAGUACUUAAUCGCAGCUUAGAUCUUAAAUGAAUUUCAUUUGGUAUACGGAGUAAAGAAACCCCGUCUCGUGUGAGUGAUCUGUUUGACGUAAUCCUAUUUAAUACGUUUAUGGGAACAGCGGCGGCUCUGAAGGGCGAAGUGUGAAUUUAACGAUCUCGGUUGCUUAAAUGGGAUGACUGUUCACCCCAGCCCUGUGGAUUCGCAAACGCGCUUAAGCAAAGUACUACGGUCACAGUGAACCACACAGCUGUCUACACGUGCUGUUUCACACGUGCUUUUCAAACUAAACGCCUGCUCGAGAUACCCCUUACCCUUAAAUCCGUGUAAUAAAUCCUGGCGUUUUUUUUUUGUAAAUGUAAUCUUACCGUGAGGUGCUACAAUUUAGGCAUUACGACAUAGGGGUCUUAUAGUCUUAUGGUAUCAGGAAAGUGCUCUAUAUUCCCGCCGUCUUUUGUAUAAAUCUCAGUGUGCGUGGGCACCAUUUGACCGUGUUGUAGUGAGAUCCUCUUCAGAUGCUCUAUGCCUGUUCGCCUUCAUGCGGACAGUGCAGGAUUUUAUGUCUAGUGGAGCGCACGUACGUACGUACGAAACACGGCCUUUAAGCCAAAAGGUAGCUUUCCACCGACAAAGGGAAAUUAAUUUUCCGUUUACCGCUCGCAAUGGUCGACGGCAAAGCUGUAGACUCCGCGCUACGAGACCCGCCACGUGCGGACGCCGUUGUUGUUCCGUACCGUUUUGCCAGCGUGAACGAUUCGGCCGCAUUCGGUCGGAUUCGGGCGCAGUUCGGUUUUGACGCGCGAUAGCGACUGUGGAGGUGCGUGUCCCGAAGCACAGCUGGGACACACACAUACCGGCAUUUUCCCGACUGAUUUCGUAAGCAGCAUCGGUAGGUGGCUUUUUGUUAGCGCACCUUGAUCCUUCGCUGCAAAGAGGCUUCCCGAUGUCCGACUUAAUGUCGUCAUGGGAGACUGCUGUCAGCCUGCCAUGAAAAAUCAUGUGAGCAGGUUAACGCUUGCAAUAAACUCUUGGGUUGACCAAAAAAAAAAAAAA